GUGGGGAGCGACGCCGUUUGAGGUCCCAAUUAAUCACUUUAUCUCCUUACGCAGCUCGAAAGCAAAAAACACAGCAUUGCUAUUGCUAUGGCCUCUAAGCUCUCACCCCUCAGCUCCACUCUCUUAACAUUCCGUACAGAAUCACCGCUGGAUUCGUCAAAGUUACCCGCCGUAUUUCCUUUCCCUGUUUUUCUGGCCUCUCAGAAUUUCCACAGCCCCACACCCACUAAAUCAAGAAGAACAAUGGGAGUCUUGGCGAGUAGUGUGUCUGCAGCAGAAGCAGAGGUUGAGGUUGCAGAUGGGUACACGAUAACCCGGUUCUGCGAUAAGAUGAUCGAUGUUUUCUUGAACGAGAAACCCAAGUCUAAGGAUUGGAAAAGAUACCUGAUUUUCAGAGAGGAGUGGGCCAAGUAUCGGGAGAGGUUCUAUAAUCGGUGUAAAGUGAGGGCCGAUGCUGAAAAUGAUUCCCAAAUGAAGCAAAAGUUGAUUGAUUUGUCGAGGAAAGUUCGAAAGAUUGAUGAUGAAAUGGAAACGCAUGCUGAACUUCUGAAAGAGAUACAAGAUAAUCCUACGGAUAUAAAUGCUAUUGUAGCAAAGCGACGGGGGGACUUUACCGGGGAUUUCUUUCGCCAUCUCACUUUGCUCUCAGAAACCUAUGACAGCUUGGAGGACCGAGAUGCGGUCGCCCGACUGGGGGCUAGAUGCUUAGCAGCAGUCAGUGCCUUUGAUAACACUCUGGAGAUUGUGGGUACGUUAGACACUGCCCAGGCAAAGUUUGAUGACAUCUUGAAUUCUCCUUCACUAGAUGUGGCAUGUGAGAAGAUAAAAAGCCUAGCCAAGGCAAAAGAACUCGACUCUUCUUUGAUUUUAUUGAUAAAUGGUGCUUGGGCAUCAGCAAAGGAAUCAACUACCAUGAGAAAUGAGGUGAAAGAGAUAAUGUACCGUCUAUACAAGGCCACACAAAGUAGUCUGAGGAGUAUUGCCCCAAAAGAAAUUAAGCUCCUCAAGUAUUUGCUGAACAUCACAGAUCCUGAAGAGCGAUUCUCGGCCUUGGCUUCUGCUUUCUCCCCUGGCGAUGAACAUGAUGUCAAACAAUCUAAUGCUAUAUACUCAACUCCGAAGGAGCUGCACAAGUGGAUUAAAAUCAUGCUUGACGCAUACCAUCUCAAUAAAGAAGAGACUGAAAUUAGGGAAGCCAGGAAAAUGAAUCAACCUGUUGUCAUCCAGAGACUUUUCAUCCUUAAGGAAACUAUUGAAGAGGAGUACUUGGAACGAAAUACCAACACUGGCACAGCUGUAAACUCAGAGGACUCAUGAGGUACUCCUUGUCAUCACCCAGCCUCACUUUUGUGAGAUCAAUUAAAUUUAGGUUUUGAUUUCAAAGGCUUGUAAUUGGUCCCAUGUCCUGACGGAAUUGGGUUACUGCCUUUGUUGUUAACGAAGCAAACCAUGCAUCAUUCAUGAAAAUGAUAUCAUACGGCAUUACGUCCAUCAGAUGUAAACUAAGGUUCCUAUGUGAUUGCAUAAAGCAAUCUGUAAAUGUAAAGCCUCUCGCUUGAUCAAUUAUAUCUAUUGGAUAUCAAAAGGUCACAAAUCGUGGGCCUUCGCCUA